AUGGCUGGACAAGUUGUUUCGGAACGACCAACAUCAUUAUUUGAGUUCGAGCUUGUUGAAGAUGAUUCUGGUGACAGUAGUACUAUUAUAGCAUCAUCUAAUCAGAUCAACCCAUGGAUUGACCCUGCAACAAUUAAAUUGAGGCACAGAAUUGGAAGAAGGCCUUUUGGUGAUGUUUGGCUUGCAACUCAUCAUAGCAAUACUGAACACUACGAGGAGUAUCAUGAAGUGGCCAUUAAAAUGUUACAUCCUGUAAAAGAAGAUAACAUUAGAGAUGUCUUGAAUAAGUUGGAUAAUUUGCUUUCCAGGUGUCGAGGGUUAGAAAACAUUUGUUGGCUGCAUGGACUUUCCAUUAUUAAUUUGUAUUGUUAUGAAAUUUACGAGGGCUCGGUUGGUGACAAAAUGGCUCGAUACAAAGGGGGGAAAUUGUCCCUGAGUGAUGUUCUGAGGUACGGAGCAGAUCUUGCUCAAGGAAUAAUGGACCUUCAUGCAAAAGACAUCCUUAUUCUCAACCUUAAACCUUUUAAUUUCCUUUUGAACGAGAAUGACAGGGCAAUUCUUGGGGACAUUGGAAUUCCUCAUGUGCUUCUUGGGGUUUCAUUAACAAAUACAGAGAUGACUCAAAGACUUGGUACUCCCAACUACAUGGCUCCAGAACAAUGGGAACCAGAAAUGAGAGGUCCAAUAUCGAGACUGAUGCAUGGGGAUUUGGUUGCAGCAUUGUGGAGAUGUUGA